UAAUUGGCCGGGCCACCAUAUAAAGCCUAUGCGACAGAGAAGGGACAAGUGAAGACAAGGCCAUAAAAAAGGGGAGAGGGAGGAUGAAGAUGGCUGUUGAGUUUAAGGUUGAGGUUGUCUCCAAAGAAACCAUCAAGCCAUCUUCUCCGACCCCGGAGGAGUUCAAGAGCACCUUCCGACUCUCGCUGUUUGACCAGCUUACUUUCACCCUUUACUCGCCCAUACUCCUCUUCUACUCCGGAGGAGGAGGCGAGGGUGGUGGCGAUGCAGGCGGGUUGGAGUUAGUCUCCGACAAAUCCCGGAGGCUGAAGUCAUCUCUGUCAGAUGCACUGACCCGGUUUUAUCCCUUGGCUGGGAGGAUCAAGGACAAUUCCUGGAUCAACUGCAGCGAUGACGGCGUCCCUUAUGUUGAAGCAAAAGUCAACUGCCUCCUCGAGGACGUCCUUGCGAAGCCUGACCCGGUUGAGCUCAAGAAAUUCCUACCUAUCGCUGUAGAGUCCUUGGAAGCAGGCACCGGCUCCCUCUUGCUCGUUAAGGCGAGUUUCUUCAAUUGCGGUGGGCUUGCGAUUGGAGUUUGCAUUUCCCACAAGAUAACUGAUGUAGCCGGUCUGGGCACAUUUAUAAGGGCAUGGGUUGGUUCGGCCCGUGUUGAAUCCAGUGAUGAAGUUGUAGUACCGGAUUUCACAAUUUCGUCUGCCUUCCCACCCCGAGAUGAUCUGAAGGACCUCCCUGUGGCGGAGUUGCCCAAGGGACAGUGCGUCACGAGAAGGUACGUGUUUGAUUCCUCUAAGGUCACAGCCCUAAGGGCUAAAGCCAGCAGCCCAACCGUGCCCCAACCCACGCGAGUGGAGGCUGUGUCAGCCCUGAUAUGGAAGUCUGUCUCAAAUGCUUCGAGAAGGAAACUCAGCGCUCCCUCAAGACAGUCGGUGCUGUCCCAGGCGGUCAACCUUCGCAGGAGGCUCGCGCAUCCUUUGCCUGAGCACUCAGUGGGGAACCUAGUGGGCGGUUUCAUGGCACGGAAUGAGGAUCCCGGGACUGAUCUCCUUUGCUUGGUGAGCAAUCUAAGGGCAUCCAUGAAGGAUUACGUGGAAAGCUACCCGAAGAGACUACAGGGGGGACUCGAGAGCACGGCCAAGGCAGUCUUCGAAGCUGGUGUUCAAUUUGGUAGCCUAAUGAACAGUGACGACAUCGACUUCUAUAACUGCAGCAGUUGGUGCGGGCUUCCUUUCUAUGAAGCCGAUUUUGGGUGGGGGAAGCCGGUCUGGGUGGGCCGGGAUGAAAGUGAGUUUAAAAACUCAUUCGUGCUCAUCGAUGCCAAAGACGGGGAAGGGAUCGAGGUGUGGUUGACUUUGACGGAACGGGACAUGGCCGAGCUCGACCAUGACCAAGAGCUGCUGGAAUUCACUUCCUUAAACCCUAGCAUCACUUGGUAAUCAACUGCAAAAAUAGUUCACGUUACAUAACCGGAUUUAAGCAAUGUACGUACUUCUGUACGAUAAAACAUGUCCGUUUUACAUUCUAUUUUCAGUGAAAUAUGGUUCCGGCUUACAUUUAUUUUGUUCAUAAGAUUGGAUGAUAUUCCAGCAAUAAACUUUCUUAUGGUCA